GCUUUGUUCUCUUCAGCAACAGAACCAACGAACACCCAACAAACUGUCCCGAAAGAACCAAAACCGAUGUCAAAGAAGAAUAAUUUGGUUUCACCAUCCUAAUCGAAAUCAAUUCUCCAGUGAAAUUCCGUCCGGCUAUAACCCCAGGUUGUGUGAAGAAGAAAACAAGGUCACGAGGUCUUUAAUGGCGAUUGUCGUCCAUUACUGAGACACAGCCACACAGGUCUCCAUUUUGUGGGAAUUAGUCCGUUUAGCCCAAUUGCCAUUUCUUAAUCUCUCUCUUUCGUUCUCUCUAUGCGCUCAGAGAGAAAUAGAAUCAAAUUCAGUUGAAGAGAGAAAGAUUCAGCUGACCUUGAAUUCUAACUGAAAGGAGGAAGAUUCAUUCGGGAACUGGGGUUCUUCAAUUAAACGAUGAUAGACCGUUAUUCAAUAGCCUUCUAUCUGGUUCUGUCAUGUGCUGUUGGAGUUUUGGAUGCUAGUGCUGGGGAUGCCGAUCCACGCUACAGGGCUUGUGUUGCACUAUGUGGAAAAACUGGAUGCAUUGGGGAAAGAUGUUUUCCACACUGUAAAUUUUCUUCGGAUGGGGUUCCCAUAGGUCCAUGGUACAUGCAAGAACCUCUUUACUUGAAGUGGAAACAAUGGGAUUGUCAAAGUGAUUGUUGUUACAAUUGCAUGCUGGACAGAGAAAAAGAAAGAGAAUCAGAUGGUGAUGGACCUGUCAAGUAUCAUGGAAAAUGGCCCUUCACACGAGUUUAUGGGAUUCAGGAACCUGCUUCUGUUGCUUUCUCUGCUCUCAACCUAGCAAUGCAUUUUCAUGGUUGGAUAUCCUUCUUAGUUCUUCUGAACUAUAAGUUGCCUCUGAAGCAAAAUAAAAAGGCAUACCAUGAGUACACCUGCUUGUGGCAUAUCUAUGGGCUGUUGUCAAUGAACUCAUGGUUCUGGAGUGCUGUUUUCCAUUCUCGUGAUGUGGACUUGACGGAAAAGUUAGACUACUCAUCUGCCGUGGCAUUGCUUGGGUACUCUCUCAUUUUAGCAAUACUAAGAAGUUUCAAUGUGAAGCAUGAGGCUGCUAGAGUCAUGGUUGCUGCUCCACUGCUCGCUUUCAUCACUACCCACAUACUGUAUAUCAACUUCUAUCAAUUAGACUAUGGGUGGAACAUGAAAGUUUGUGUUGUAAUGGUAGUCGCACAACUUCUCAUUUGGGCAAUCUGGGCUGGCUGGAUUCAUCAUCCUUCUCGCUGGAAGUUGUGGGUGGUAGUCAUUGGAGGUGGCCUUGCCAUGCUCCUAGAAAUCUAUGACUUCCCUCCUUACCUAGGAUUCUUUGACGCCCAUGCCAUCUGGCAUGCCACCACAAUUCCUCUUACCAACUUAUGGUGGAGUUUCAUCAGGGACGACGCCGAGUUCCAAACUUCUUACCUCCUCAAGAAGGCCAAGUAGCUUCAGGUAAAACUCUGAACACCAUUCUUUAUAGCGCCUUGACCGCCAAGAAGGACCAUCUUUGAUAAUCACCUAGAGUUAUUUUGUUCUCCUGCCCCGUAAUUUUAUUUUUCUUUCUUGUUAUGGAUUGACUUAGGAGAUACUUUAGUGGCAUUUGGUUGGUAACAUUUUUUUGCCCUCUCCAUCUUUUGAUGGUCAAUUCAUUCCUAAACUAAAAAAUUUUUCAGUUU